GAACGCUGAGUGGGGACCACACUGGGGGAUUUGGCACGCUUUCACUUCUCCCGCGACUUCUCCCGUCAGAGACCUUCGAGAAAGCUCCACUGCCAGAGCCUGCCGUUCGCUUCCUCAAAUUACAGUCGUUCCCACCAAGGCCGAAGCUUCUAACCUUUCCCCAGUAGCAAAAUGGGGGUGGCUCAACCUGGGGCUCCAGGAGAUCCCAAGUUGUAUCAUUCACAGGGCUCUCUGGUACAUUCAGGGAGAGUAGACCCAAGCAUUUUCUAGGUACCUGGAUAUCCAUGUAUACAGUUCAAAACGGGUGGCUUUGUUGCAACUCUGACUUAGAUUUGUCUUUUUAAAUCACAGCUAUAAAAUCAUUAAAAAUCAGGAUACGCUAGCACGUUAUUUGGUAAGUGCAUCUGUCAGAUUUUUAAUUUAUUUUUAAAUGCUGCAAGCAGCUUUAAAGAGCUUAUUUAGCCUCGAAUUUUACAAGUAGAGGAAAAAAAAGUGAAAUUCAACAGAGCUGGGGUAUUGAUUCUAUUCAAGCCCUACCUUCUGUUUCUCUGUACCCCAGCCUCACACUUCCUCACUUAGAUCUGUAUGCAGAAAACAGCAAACUCACCAGUCUGAAAAGUCUAGCCAUGAAAUCCAUCAACCCACUCCAAUUUCAAUUAAGAAAUCCUGGGUAAAGAGUGUUCACUGAUUGUUUCCACAAAUACACUGGAGCAAAUCCAAUUGGAACAAAUCCAAAUACCGUAACAGAAAUGGAAAUUACAUAUUUUAAACUGAAUCACUGCAUUUUCUCAUGAUCUCUUGAAGGAAAGAUAAAUGAGGUUAAUGUUUUACCAGGUAAACUUGCCAUACCAAUCUCAUAGGAUUAUGAUUGGUUUUAUAAGCUUUAAAUAAGAUUGUUUAACUAUGGACAACUAGUCAUCUUCUAGAAGAGAUUUUGGGUUUAGAGAAAGCUGGUUUGGAGUCUAUUUUUGACAUUUUGAGCAAUAGGGUACCCAACUGCUUCGAGGUAGCCAGCAUCAUACAGACCCCAAUAACCCCGCCCUGCCCUGGAUGAGAGCAAGCUCCAGGAAACUGCCUCUAGUGUUUGGAAACAAAGCAACAUCUUAUUUCCGGUUCCCUGAGGAGGUAGAUGAAAACAAGGACUUUGGAGCCAGCCUUCUGGCCACGAGGCAUGUGUUGGGACAAGGUUGGAAAAGGUCACUCCGUGUGGAAGACAAACGAUAGCCUCACUGGCGCUAUAAGGUGAACCACAGAAGGUCCAGCCCUGUUCACGUGGGGCAGAGGCGCCAACGGAGGGGAGCCGCUCCAGGCGACGCGCUGUGCAGCCCGAGCAAGGAUGUCUCCCAGCCUUCAGGAAGGCUCUGCUCUUGGAGGAAGCAAGCCCUCACCGCGCUCCUUUUCAAUCGAGAGCAUCCUCGGACUGGACCGCAAGAAAGACAGUGUCCCAUCGGUGAAACCUCACCGGCCCUGGGCAGACACCUGCAGCUCCUCAGGGAAAGAUGCUAACCUAUGUCUACAGGUCAGGAGCCUGCCCAGUGGUAUCUCAUGCCCUGGUACUGUGGAUUACUCCAUGCCACGAGAAAGAAUUCUGAAAUAUGAAAACUACUUCUCACCCACAGAAAGAUUGUCUUUGAAAAGAGAAUUGAGUUGGUAUCGAGGCCGAAGACCAAGAACUGCUUUUACUCAAAACCAGAUUGAAGUGUUGGAAAAUGUUUUUAGAGUAAACUGCUAUCCUGGCAUUGAUAUCAGAGAAGACUUAGCACGAAAGUUGAACCUAGAAGAAGACAGGAUCCAGAUCUGGUUCCAAAAUCGGCGCGCAAAGCUGAAAAGGUCCCAUCGAGAAUCACAGUUUUUAAUGGCAAAAAAAAAUUUCAACACAAAUCUCCUGGAGUAGAUAGGAAACUAAACAUGUGAAAUUAUCUGCCAGUUGCCCAACAUGGAGAAUCAAUGGAAAUAUGAAGUAUUAAAAAAUGUGAUGUUUUCUUCAUUUAAUUUGAAUAUUAUCAUUAAAAAUAUAUUGUAAAUAAUUACUGUUACACAUGGUACAUUUUAUAUUUGGGCACUUUUAGUUAAGAUAAAGGCUUUCUCAGUUUAUUUUAAUAAACAUUUUUGGAAAAAGUCAUCUAUUUUUUAAAUGAGCUAAUUUAAUCUAAUAAACUUGUUUGCUAAAAUCAGUAAACUCAUGACUAAAUUACUUCACAAGUUGGAA